AUGGACGCCACGGGUGAGUUACCUCCAUGGAAAUUUAUUUAUUUAGAGGUUUCAAUGUUGCUACCUUCAGUUGUAACAGGAGUAGUCUUUUGGAAAUACGGAUAUCCAAUGAUAGCUUUAUUAAUAAUUUUACUCUUUUGCUAUCUAAUCAUACCAGGAUUGUUGUUAUAGUAAUGUUUUUUAGUUGACAAAUAGUGUGGAUAAGUUUUCUACCCAUGUUACAAGGCUAUCUUCAAGUUUUGCUAAGAUUGCUUUUGAAAAAAGCGAGUAAAUAAACCGAGGCAUGGUUUGGUUUGGUAUUUGCUUAGCAAUUUCCUUUUUGUCAUUCUUCAUUUCACUCAGUUAUGUUCAGUUCUGGUCAUUUCAUAGAGUCAAUUUCUUUUAUAUGGCUAAUACUGAAAUUAUAGUGGUAGAGAUUACAUAUAUGUUUAGAUUUCAGUUUUAAUGCUGCUUUUAGAUCCAUUUUUAGAGGAAUUCUUUUGGAGAUAAUUCUUGUAGAGUGGUUUAGCAGGAGGAUUGACGUACACGAAUCCCAAAGAAUGGAUUAUUUGGAUAGUUGCAAUUCAUUAUGGAUUAUUAUAUGUAUUCAUUUUUGCAGUAGUGACAAGGUAUAUGAGUUAAUAUAAUGACAUAGUAAAUUCAUGUAUGCCAUAUUCUGUGGAAUACCUUUCGUAAUUUUCAGUAGAAAGUUUUCAUAUAUUCGUAACUCUGGUGUAUUGACAGCCAUUUUAGCGCAUACUGGAUUUAACUUAGGAUUUGUAAUUGUAUUAAAUUUGUGGUAUUGGAACGAUUGGGAAGUUCAUGGAUGGAAACCAAUUGAAUUUUGAUAAAUAAUAAAAA